AUGCCUGUCACAUCGUCUGGAAGUCUGUUCGCGGUGUCAGGAGUCCACUGGAUCGGCGAGGGGCAAGACGGCGACCGGCGCGGAGUUGAUAAACAUUACAGAAAGUUCAGCCUUGGGGGAGAGGAGUUCUGUCUUGGAGACUUCAUCCUCAUCUCACGCCAGGAAAACAUUUGUGAAUCUAGCGCCAGAGAGGAUUGCUACGUGGCUCGAAUAUCUGAUCUGUAUGAGAAAGAACUGAUGUACAACAGAGCUGAAGUGCAGAGAUUUGCACAAGUUCGCUGGUACUGGCAGAAACAGGAAGUUACAGGCCGUCUGCACCGACUAUUGAAAGGACAGAAGAUGGAUGACAAUGAAGUCAUCCUGGACUUGUCCAACAGCUUCGAGAGGGAUAUCGACUUGGAGACAGUUGUCGGCAAAUGCCAGGUUUUACAUGUCACAGAUAACUCAGAUUUAUCUCCACUUGUCACCAAGGAGAAUAACAACAAUAUUCAGACAUUUGUGGCCAGACGAGCCUACAAUGGUAAAGUCUUUCAGCCGCUGUCAGAAAUUGCAGUGGACGAGUACACGCCUGCCACUGUCAGGACUCCAGUCAACAACAAGAAACACAGGGACUCCCAACUGAAGCUGAACACACCCAAUGGGAAUUCCCUUUUGAACAACAGCAAUGGCAGAUCUGAGGUGG